UAAGGCAGCCUAAUUGUGACCAGGAACACCCCAUUCUCCAUUUUUAUAUAAUAAAAUAUAUGUAUUAAAUUAUAGCCAACAAUGCGGAAGCAGGGUUUGCAUUUAUAAAGGAGAAUAGAUUGGGAAAGCCUCACGUUUCGCCCCCUUCCUAUUUUCACUCUUUUCAGUCCUAACCAAAGGCGGCCCCUCAACUCUCUUCUCCUUUAGCAAUAUCUUUCCCCUUCACUGUUUCAACUCAAAGAAAUGGCGGAGGAGAAGAAGGCUCAAUCUGCUGGGGUUUGGCCUACGGUUAAACCUUUUGUCAAUGGUGGUGCCUCUGGUAUGCUUGCUACCUGUGUCAUCCAACCCAUCGAUAUGGUCAAGGUAAGAAUCCAACUGGGUCAAGGAUCGGCAGCAACUGUUACCAAGAACAUGCUUAGGGAGGAGGGUGUUGGAGCCUUUUACAAGGGUCUAUCAGCAGGACUGCUCAGGCAAGCUACAUACACUACUGCUCGAUUGGGAUCAUUCAAAAUGUUGACAAACAAAGCAAUUGAAGCCAAUGAUGGGAAGCCCUUACCUCUAUAUCAGAAGGCUUUGUGUGGUCUGACUGCUGGUGCUAUUGGAGCCUGUUUUGGCAGCCCGGCUGAUUUGGCACUUAUUCGUAUGCAGGCUGAUGCUACUUUGCCUGUUGCUCAGCGCAGAAAUUACACCAAUGCAUUCCAUGCACUCUAUCGUAUUGUUGCGGAUGAAGGGGUUUUGGCACUUUGGAAAGGUGCAGGCCCCACCGUAGUCAGAGCCAUGGCAUUGAACAUGGGAAUGCUUGCCUCUUAUGAUCAAAGUGUUGAGUUUUGCAAGGAUUCGCUUGGCUUAGGAGAAGCUGCUACAGUGCUAGGUGCAAGUACUGUUUCGGGUUUCUUUGCUGCUGCUUGCAGUUUGCCUUUUGAUUAUGUCAAAACACAAAUUCAGAAAAUGCAACCUGACGCUUCGGGAAAGUAUCCAUAUAGCGGCUCUUUGGACUGUGCCAUGAAAACCCUCAAGGCUGGAGGACCAUUCAAAUUUUACACCGGGUUCCCUGUAUAUUGUGUUAGGAUUGCUCCGCACGUCAUGAUGACUUGGAUAUUCCUCAACCAGAUUCAGAAGGCAGAGAAAAAAAUAGGGUUGUAGAGCGUGGUCACUUCUCAGAGACGUGGAGUAAUGCUGGACUAAUUGAUUGCGUCAAAUAAAAUCCUGGUUUUUGCUGGUUCUGGCUAAUCAUGCAAAUUUUGAAAUACAUUUCAAGUCAAUGUUGUCUUAUUUUUCUGAUUAAAUAUUUUAGGGUGAGAUAGGAAAACCAUUUGCAUCCCAGAGUUAUGAUUUGAUUGCUCAUAAAACCAUUUGCAUCCCAGAGUUAUGAUUUGAUUGCUCAUACUUCUGAUUAAAAAUAAAUGUGUACCAAACCAAGUUCAAAGCAUUAAAUCUUUAUAUUUUUCAUCUUCUUGAACAA